CGAUAACGCCGCGCACCGCAGAGGCGCAGAACAACUCAUGCCUCGACCGGGAGCCAUGGCGGCGGCGGCGGCGGCGGCGCUGCUGCCAUCCUCCUCGUCGCCGCUGCUCCGUCUCCCACGCCGCUUCCUCUCGCUCACCGCGACUCCCUACCCGCUCUACUACGAUCUCAUCGUCCACCGCCCCGCCGACCCCAAGCCCCCCAGAUCCUCCUCCGACGCCGGCGGCGACCGCCAGCCGCAGUCCGCCCCAGACGAGCAGACGCUCGACCGGGCCAAGCGCCGGUACCUCCGCAAGCGCCGCAGCCGCCUCCUCCCGGACCCGGACGCCGGCGCCAAGCCCUCCUCGUCCUCCUCGUCGGAGUUCGUCGAGCUCCGGCCGGAGGUGGUGGACUUCCCGCGGCUCCACGCGCGCGAGGAGGCGCUCUACUUCCACGACACCUUCGCCAUGCCGUGGGAGAAGGACAAGCACUACCGCAUGCUCUACCGCCUCGAGAAGAAGUACUUCCCCCACCAGUCGCUGGACAACGCAUUCGUCCCCGCCGACGCCGGGCCGACCUCCGACGCCGACAGGGGCCUCGUCUUCUUCGACGACGAGAAAAAGGAAGACGACGGAGAGGACCGGGUGGUCGAUAAGAAGGACGGCGACAACGACAAAGGGGAGGUGCUGGAGAGGAAGGUGGAAGACUUCUUCAGGUCUCUGAGGAAGGGCCCCGGCGAAGCCGAGGCGAAGGCCAAGAGACCGGCGGCAGCGCGAGCGGAGCCGCGGCAGGUGAAGCGCGAGGUGCCAAGGGAGGAGGAACGGCCGCAGCCAUAUCUCGUGACCAGGACGACGGAGCUGCCACCGAGAUGGGACGGGCCGGGCGGGACCGUCGUGCUCAUCGACAAGCCCAAAGGAUGGACUUCGUUUACUGUUUGUGGAAAGUUGCGGCGCUUAGUCAAAGUGAAAAAGGUUGGACAUGCUGGUACUCUGGACCCCAUGGCAACUGGAUUGUUGAUUGUUUGUGUAGGAAAAGCAACCAAAAUAGUCGAUUGCUACCAAGGAAUGGUUAAAGGUUAUAGCGGUGUUUUCCGACUUGGAGAAGCCACAUCAACCUGGGAUGCAGAUUCACCAGUUAUCCAGAGGGAACCAUGGGAACACAUCAAAGAUGGAGAUAUUAGAAAGGCAGCGGCAUCAUUCAAGGGUGAGAUAUGGCAAGUUCCUCCGAUGUUUUCUGCCAUUAAGGUUGGCGGUGAAAAGAUGUAUGACAAAGCAAGGAGGGGUGAAACAGUAGAGCUUUCACCAAGACGUAUAUCAAUAUACCAGUUUGACAUUGAGCGCAGUUUGGAAGACAGACAGAAUUUGAUAUUUCGAGUUACUUGCUCAAAAGGAACAUAUAUUCGGUCCCUCUGUGCAGACUUAGGGAAAGCACUUGGCAGCUGUGCUCAUUUAACUGCCUUGCGGAGAGACUCAAUCGGUUUGUAACGCUUACUUUGCAGGUGAAUACAAAGUCAAUGAUGCUUGGAACUUUGAUGAACUGGAAGAACAAAUUAACAAGGGAUAUUUAUGAGCAUUAACCAUGCCUUCUGGAAGGUGCCAGUGAGCUAGAUUACAUGGCCGCCCAUGGCACUACUAGAAAUUUAGGUCAACAUACCUUGAGUAGAUGUGUGUGUUGAAUCCUGAAAUGGGCAGCCAUCUCACUCCCAAGGCUGUCAGCGUGGAUUGGGUGGACGUGAAGAAAUGCACACUCGUUCAGUUCAUCAUCAUAGAGGAGGAACACGAAAUUGUCACAGAUACAGAAGCUUCUUUGCAUUUAUCUCAACCGUUGGCUUUCCAAACCAAACCCCAAUUCUCAAUUGAGGGGGGCACCAGAGUCUUACCUCGGAGCUGAGUCAGCUGACUAUUCAAGGGAUGGAGAGACAGUUUUUGUUUACUUGUUUAUGUUGCUUCUCUCAGUUUUUUCAUGAAAAAAAGAUUGAACAAUAGGUCUUACAUGACGGUUUGAUUUGAUAUGAUAUGUACACAUUUUCAUGAAAAGGUUGGGUUAUAUGUAUUACAAAGAUGACUUUGAUUUGAUCAUGUUCUCCAAGAUUCAUUCAA